AUGGACAAAGGCUGUAAAGUAACAAUUGUUAAUGGAUGGGGGUAUUCAGCAAAAAUAGAAUGCAUAUUUUUAUCUAAAAAUGUCAAAACUAUUAAUUCUGAUGCUUUUAGAAUUGAUACAAGAUUAAAUACAAUUGAAUUCGAAGAAGGUACUGAACUUAUUUUUAUUGGAUCUUAUGCAUUUUACAGAACAAAUAUUACGAACUUCAAAUUUCCUUCAGGUUGCACAAAAGUAUCGUCAUAUCUAUUCAGUCAAGUCUCAAGUUUAAAAAAGAUCUAUAUUCCACCUUCGUUAGUCAAUAUCGAUACUGAUGCAUUCUCAGGUGCACCAAAUAUAGAGUUGAUCGAAAUCGAUCCAGAGAAUCCUGAAUAUGAUGUUAUAUAUCCAGCAACACUUAUUUUGAAGAAUGGAACUAGUUUCAUAUACAUAUCGCCAUCAACAACAGCAUUCACUAUACCUUAUUAUGUAGUUAGCUUCGGGAAGACGAUUUUCCAAUCAUGCACUCAAUUGACAAGUAUCAAUGCUGAUACAUCGAGUCCAUACUUUGACUGUGACGGUGGUAUUGUUUACUCUAAAGGAUUCAGAACUGCAAUUGCGUGCAUUGGAGGUAUAACAUCUGUUACUUUGAAUCCUCUUUGUACUUCGAUUGGAGAAUAUUGUUUCAACAACUGCACCAAACUCACAAAUGUUGAACUAAACGAGGGAUUGCUAUCUAUCGGAUCUUACGCAUUCUUUUCCAUCAAUUUUACAUCAAUCAGAAUUCCAUCAUCCGUAAUAUCUCUAGGAACAUACUGUUUUUAUUCGUCAAACUUACAAUACAUUGAAUUUAAUGGAGAUGGACCAAAAACAAUUUCCCAAAGCUGUUUUCAAGAAAGUCAGAUUAAAGAAAUUCAUUUUGGGAAAAAUCUUCAGUCACUUGAUUAUCUUGCAUUUUACCAAUGUAAACAAAUAGAAUGUAUUACAUUCCAUCCUGAAUGUUCUAUAGACUUUUCGCAAAAUCGAAUAUUUGGAGAUUGUAAUAAAUUAAACAAUUUUCAACUUCCAAAAUCAGUAGAAAAAAUUACUAGCUUCUGUUUCUCAGGAACAUUUUCCUUAACAAAUUUUUUGAUAGAAGAAGGAUCAAUGUUGAAUUAUAUUGAUGAAUUGGCGUUUGAAAAUUCGGCAAUUGAGUCGAUUUCAUUUCCAUCAUCAUUAAACUUCAUUGGUGUGAAUGCAUUCAAAGGUUGUUGGAAAUUAAAGAUUGUUAAUUUUUCAAAAGAUAUCAAUUUGAAAGUGUUAGGAGGAGGGAUAUUCAGAUCAUGUAUAGUUCUACCUAGUAUCGAGAUUCCUGCAUCUGUCACAACAUUCGAUCCUUCGUCUAUUGGUUACUGCUCAUCACUAACUUCGAUCAACGUCUCAUCUGAGAACAAGAAUUAUUCGAGCAACGAUGGCAUUGUUUACACGAUAAACAAAGAGAAGCUCGUUUGCUGUCCAGGAGGUAAAACAUCUGCAUUUAUAUACAAGAACAUAUAUGUUAUUGGUUCCAACGCAUUCUGGGGAUGCUCUAAGUUGAAGGAUCUCACAUUUGAGGAUGGAUGCAAUCUUCGGAUAAUUGAAGAAGGGACAUUCUACUCGUGCACAUCUCUCUUCCGUAUCGACCUCCCCAUGUCUCUUGAGACAGUCCAGAAGAGCGCAUUUGAAGGAUGCACGAAACUUGCCAUCAUCACAUUCCCUGACUUCGCGAUGGCGGACUUGGACUACGAAUCUAUAUUCGCUGACUGCACAUCGCUGACGACUUUCUCUUUCGGAAGGUUCUGCGCUCUGAAUGCACUCGGAGAAAGCAUAUUCUCAAACUGCGUGAAAUUGUCGACAAUCAACAUACCAGCAAACUGCACAGCAAUAAGAGCUAAUGCGUUUAAGAACUGCGUCUCGCUGACAAACAUAUCUUUCGAGUCUAACUCGAGAAUGUCCACGAUAAGCGAGACUGCAUUUGCAGGAUGCACGUCCCUGACUAAUUAUACUGUUCCAGACUCAUUCGUCAAUAUAACAUCUUCCUGCUUCGGAGGAGCGACAUCGAUAACGACCGUCAACAUAGGACCGAAUCUCUCAAUCAUCUCGAUCAGUAGCAACGCAUUUGCAUCAUUCAGACUGAAAUAUUUCAACAUCGGCUCUGGAACAACGAUAUCUCGAAUCGAUUCAUAUGCAUUUGCCGAUAAGCAGAUAGAGACAUUCUCCCUCGAGUGUGAUGUCUAUUUAUCAUCUUACGCAUUCAAGAACUGCGUGAAUCUGAAGUCAGUUGGAAUUCGUCAUAUCAAGGGUGAUCUCGAGUCAACAUCGAAGAAACUGAUGUCGACAGCAUCGUCGAGUCGAGAGUGCUACACAAUUCCAGAAGGUCUUUUCUCAGGAUGCAAGUCUCUCGAGAGCAUAAGUAUAAACAUGAACAUCGAAACGAUAUCUGAUUACGCGUUCAUGAACUGCUUCAAGCUCUCGUUCACGAUCCCUCAGUCUGUUGUAUACAUCGGCGACAAGUCAUUCAUGAACUGCAGCAUGAUCAAGAAUGUCCCCGCUAUGGCUGAGCACAUUGGAAACUUCUCAUUCUACGGUUCUAAUGUCUGCCGUGUCCUGAAAGUAAAUUCAGGAGUAACAUACAUUGGAUCAUCUGCUUUCACAAAGACUGCUGUAAACUUGAUUUUCUACUGCGGUGAGAGAGACUUCUCCAACUUCUCAUCGUCGUUUGAGUCUGGAGCUAAAGCGAUCGUUUCUGAAUCAUAUCCGUCAAACAUCUUUUGUGGUGCAGAGACUUAUUAUAUUCCAUUUAAUUUAUGUAAUGAUAUGAUUAGAAUUCAAACCGAUCAAGAUAAACUUCCAAAACCAAUUGGAAAAUUCCAUAACUCAUUCACAAUUCUUCUUCUCUGUUCAACACAACAUCUCGGAAUUUGGUGA